AUGACCGAAUACAAACUACAAACACCAGGUUUCGAUGCUAGAUUCCCCCAACAAAAUCAAACCAAGCAUUGCUAUCAAUCAUACUUGGAUUAUCACAAAUGCGUUGCUUUGAAAGGUAGUGAUUUUGAGCCUUGCAAAGUGUUCUGGCACACUUUCCAGUCUCUAUGCCCUCAUGAUUGGGUGGAGAACUGGGAUGAUGAAAGAGAAAAGGGAAUUUUCCCGGGUGACUUGUCUAUUGAUCAAUUUAAGGAUAAGACUGAAGAGAAGAAGGAGUAA